AUGUCUUCAUUUGGUCCCGGUGGUCUUCACGAUGAAGAUGAACAAAGUGAACUGAAUCCUGCCGCUGCUGAAAGAACACGACUAGUCACGCCUGAUUAUAAUCAACAACUAAUUGGUGGUAGUUACGGAUCUUUGGAUGGUGAUAACGAAACUGGGUUAGCUGAAGGUGAAUUUAGACAAGGUAAAAACAGAAUGAAGAAUAGGUAUAGGUUACAGAUUUAUCUUGUGUCGUUGAUUAUUACAUUUAUUGGCUGUUUUUGUAUUAUUAAUUUAUUAAUGUUGAUUCCAAGAAGUGAAGAAUUUGUUAAUCAAUCUGUGGAGAUGGAUAUCAAAAGUGUUGAAUUAGAACAUCUGAGUACUCAAGGUAUAUUAUUAAGGGUUAAAGGUGUUAAUGUUAUGGAUUAUGAUAGUAUAGAAAGUCCUUAUUUCAAACAGAUGUUCAAAAUGGGUGGUGGUUUAUUCAAUACUGCUAGUAUAAAUUUACAAACUGUUAAUUUAACAACAAAAGUUGAUGGAAAUUUAAUAAAUAUUGGUGAUGUUAAAAUUCCAGAUUUUGAUAUUGAUAUUCAACAUGGUCAUGAAACUAAUUUAGACUUAUUAGUCAUGGUUAGACCAAAUACUAAAGAAAUUAUAGGUUUAGUUAAACAAUUUUUGAAAAAUCCUGAUCAAAUCUUUAAAGUUGAUGGUAUAUCAACUGUUAAGAUUCAUUUAGGUCAUAUUCCAAUUGGUGAAUUUAAAAUUGAUUUUUCUCAAGAUGUUAUAGGUGGGAAAUAUAUUCAAUUUAAUGAUCAUGAUAUACAUUUAAAAGACUUACAAUUUGAUUCAAAUCAACAAGAUCAAGGUUAUAAUGUUUCAUUUGCAGUUGAUGUACCCAAUCCUGUGAAAUAUAAACUGUUUGGAUUUGAUAUACCUUCUUUAGGUUGGGAUAUAUUAAUUAAAGAUUGCUUUGGAGAAAAUACAAUAAAUUUAAUUGAUGGUUCUAUUACAACUAAAAAAUUUAAACUUUCACCUCUGGACAAAAUAUUAACAAUAGAAUCAAAUACAUUAAUUGAUCAUUUAAAUCCAAGAUUAUUGGAAAAAUGUUCUUUAGAUAAUGAAGGAAGUCCAAUGAGUAUAUUAGUUGAUGAAUUUGUUAAUAAUAAAUCAUUACCAAUUAAAAUUAAAAAUUCAAAAGGUUCAAAAGAUUUCCCUGGAUUUAUUAAUGAAUUUUUGAAAACAUUUGAAUUCAAUUUUAAUUAUAGUUCUAAUUUUGAUACUGCAAAUUUAAUACAUAACGUAUCAUUAGAUCGUUUGAAUUUUCAAUUUGAAAAUGGUGAUACAAAUAAACCAGUUAUUAAUGGUGAUAUUAAUUUAUUUAUUAAGCCACCUUUCAACAUAACAGAUUUAGAAAUCAAUAAAAUAAAAGGUAUACCACAUUUAUAUCAUAAUGAUGUUGAAUUUGGUGAAAUUCAUCUUGAUGAUUGGCAUGAUUGUAUUAAUGUUGAAACACCAGAUGGAUUAUUAUAUGUUAAAUUUACAAUGAAUCAAGAAAAUUUACAAAUUACAAAUAGGAAAAUAUUUGGGGAAGUAUUAAAUGAAGUUUUAGGUAAAGGAUCAAGUAAAAUCUAUAUUGAUGCAAUUUUAGAUUGUUUAAUUAAUACACUGAUGGGAGAAUUUGAACUUGAUAAAUUACAUGCAUCAAGUGAUGCAGAUAUAACAAGAGGUUUUAUAUUACGAGGUUUUGGAUUAUGA